GCCUAUGUAUAAUUAUUAGAAUAUUAUUCGACGCUCGUCUAUUUAAGCGUUUUGAAUUCUAUAAAAUAUAUUUUUAGUAAUUUAAAUUAAAUUCAUAACACUUAUUUAAUAUUAAUUUCAAGAUCUGUUAAAAAUGGCAAAUGAAGAAGCAAAUCCCGACAGUUUCGUUUCAACAAAGCAAUUUCCUGACAAUUUUCUUCUCGGGACAGCGACUGGAUCUUACCAAGUAGAAGGAGCUUGGAAUGAAGAUAAGGCGGAAUCAAUCUGGGACCAUUAUUUCCAUUCCAAUGAAGCAAACAAGUCGUUCAGAUACUUCUUAGACUUACCGGAAUCAGUAAUCGAAAAACACAUACAGAAGGGUGUCAAACCUAGAUUAGCUGAUUUAUAUAAGGGAAUGGGAGUAUACGAAUUUCCAUCAUCUGCGAUUGAAGACGGUACACAUUUUAAUUUCAACGGAGAUGUAGCAGCGGAUACGUACCACAAAACAGAUGUAGAUGUCAAACUUCUCAAGGAAUUGGGUGUUCAAGUUUAUCGAUUUUCAAUAAGUCCAACUAGAAUUAUACCAAUGGUUCACGAUCAUUUACCAGGAAAAGCCGGACUAGAUUAUUAUAAUAAUCUAAUUGACAAAUUAAUUGAAAAUGGAAUCAUACCAAUGGUAUCGUUGUACCAUUAUGAUAUGGGAGAAGCUUUCAAUAAACUUGGAGGACUAGCGAAUUCGGCUAGUUAUAUAUUUUAUGAAAAUUAUACGAGAAUCUGUUUCGAGAAUUUCGGAGACAGAGUAAAAUAUUGGACAACAACUGCAGACAUACAUUUAGCGGCUGAAGGAUAUGGUUCUGAGCAUUUUGCUCCGGGUUACCAAGAACCAUUAUUUAGUGGAUAUUCAGAUUAUCAAGCAUUACAUCACUGUCUUAUUACGCAUGCAAUGGUUAAUAAAUUAUAUCAAGAAGAGUUCAAAGAAAAACAAAAAGGACAAAUCAGCUUAGCUAUGGAUGGAGUUUGGUUCUACCCUCAAGACCCAAAUAAUCCAGAACAUCAAAAAUCUGCUGAAACCGCAAGAAUGUCAACAUUUGGUUUGAUAGCACAUGUAUUAUCCACUGGACAGUACCCAGAAGAAUUUUUAGAGUCUGUUGCUAGGACUAACAAACAAGAAAAAAUACGAGUCGACCGAGUUAAACAAUUUACAAAAGAUGAACAAGAAUUAAUUAAAGGAUCAUUCGAUUUUGUUUUAUUCAACUAUUAUAAUAGUGUGAAAGUACGUCCACUGACCGAUGAAGAAUUUGCUGCUGAACCUAAUCUUAAAAGAAGAGAUCGAGGAUAUUUCAUCGACGUACAUAGUACCACACAAACUGAAGUUUUUGAAGGAUUUUUAAAUUGCCUGAAAUGGAUUAAUGAGAAAAUGAAUAAUCCAAAAAUAUUUAUCGGUGAGAACGGAUUUCCUGAGGAAGAUGGCAUCGAUGAAAGUGAAAAAAAAAUAGCUUAUCAUACUGGCAUUUUGAACAAAUUACUUGAAGCAUUGGAUGAAAACAUAAAUGUGUUUGGAUACUGUGUGUGGUCGUUUAUAGAUACACUGGAAUUCACAUUUGGCUAUUGGAAGAAAUUUGGAAUUUAUGCGGUAGACUUUAAUGACGAAUCAAGACCACGUUCAAAGAAAAAGAGUUUCCCUUUUUUUCAACAAUUGUUCAGAACAAAGAAAUUACAAAUAAGCAAUUAAUAAAAUAAUAUUAAAAUUGAAUGAAGAAAAAUAAUAUUAAAAAAUAUAAUUAAAAAUAUUUUUGAUAGUUAAAGCUGAUUUACUGUGCCAAAACAUAUUUUUACUUUUACUCAUUAUAUAAUAUAUUGUAUACUAUAAAUAAUAAUAGUGCAUAAUAUGAAAUAGUAUAAUACCGACAUUGGGUUUUAAUUAAUAGAAUUUGUAGUUUUAUAUUAGACACUGUCGGCAUUUGUUGUUGAUUAUUCUGUAUUCUGAUGGCUCACAGAUCACCUUGAUUUCUUGUAUUUAAUUUAUAAAUAAAAAUAGUUGGUAUAAU